UUAACGGUGUUUUGUAUAAAGUUUGUAAAAAAUCGUGUUUUCAAGUUCGAGAAAUACAUUUGUAAAAUUGGUUUGAUUUGAUUAAUAUUUGAUGAUACUUAUCAUCGAAUUAUUCAAAUCAAAAAUGUAUUCAUCAUGGGGAACAAUUUCCUUCUGUCUUCUUUUGGAAAUAUUCUCCGAAUGGUGCAAAAAUGCAAAAAAGUCGAGGAAGAGAAAACUUUUAUUGGAGGGAGAAUUGAAUUUCAUCGAGAGAAUUAUUAAAUUAAUUAAAUGGAAAGAAAUUUAUUAAAAAUUCAAGAGUGAUUUGAAAAAAGGAUUUCAAAAGGAAUUACGCAAUUAAAUGGAUGGACCGAGAUGACGAUGAUUUCGGCGAGGGUUUCAUCGCGGAAUCACAUCCCCUGAGACCAACUCAUCUUAACGUUCCAGGAGGAGGAGGUCGAAAUGAAUCUCGAGCACCAAGUAUUAGUAGCAGUGUUAGCGAUAUGGAUGUGCCAAUUUAUACCAGAGAAACCACCAUACCACUUUCAGCUAAAAAGGGUCUCAAUGGGAAUUUGAUGUUUGCAAUUGCCGCUGCGGCUCUUGGUUCUUCUUUUCAACAUGGUUACAACACUGGUGUCAUGUCCAACAGUGCGGAGGUAUUAAAGAAAUGGAUUACCGAACAAUCAGGUGAUAAAAGCGGAUCACAGGACUCGACGACAUUUAUAUUCGCCAUAAUUGUUUCAAUAUUUUGCCUCGGCGGAAUGAUUGGUGGCUGUUCGGUUGGAUAUAUUGCCGAUCGAUUUGGACGAAAAGGUGGAUUAUUGUUGAAUAAUAUCCUCGUUUUUUUGACAGUAUUAUUCGAAGGUUUGGCUAAACCAACGUCGAGCUACUAUAUGUUCAUUAUUGGAAGAUUUUUAAUUGGUAUUAAUGCCGGUUUAAAUGCGGGUCUUGCGCCCAUGUAUCUCAGUGAAAUAUCACCAAGUCAUUUACGUGGAGCCGUUGGCACUGUUUAUCAAUUAAUUAUUACAAUUUCAAUUCUCGUCGCUCAAGUCUUGGGUUUGGAGAGUCUUUUAGGAACGGAAUCACAAUGGCCAACGCUAUUUUGCCUCACGGCAGUUCCCGCUGCUUUUCAACUCAUCACACUUCCAUUCUGUCCGGAGAGUCCGAAAUAUCUUCUCCUCAAUCGUGGACGGGACAUGGAUUCACAAAAGGCUUUAUCCUGGCUCCGCGGAACAAUUGACGUUCACGAUGAAAUGGAAGAAAUGCGAAGUGAAUAUGAAUCGAUUAAACUUGUGCCCGCAGUGUCAUUGAAGGAAUUAAUCAUGAAUCCAAGCCUACGAAUUCCAAUGAUUAUUGCCAUAAUGGUAAUGAUCGCCCAACAAAUGUCCGGUAUCAAUGCAAUUGUUUUCUUCUCAACGAAAAUAUUUACAAUGGCAAGUCUCGAUACACACGCAUCGCAAAUGGCAACCUUGGGCGUUGGUGCUGUCAACGUUUUCAUGACUAUUGUUUCUCUAUUUCUCGUUGAACGUGCCGGAAGAAAAACAUUGCUCCUUGUUGGCUUUUCCGGAAUGACUGUCGUCACCUUCCUCCUUGCAAUUUUCCUUCCUGAAGCCCAAAAGAAAUCAGAAUUUGCGACGUACGGUGCAAUUCUCAUGGUGAUUCUCUUCAUUGUAUUAUUCGCAACCGGACCGGGAAGUAUUCCAUGGUUCUUGGUGGCAGAACUUUUCAAUCAAUCGGCAAGACCAGUGGCAACAUCUGUGGCAAUUGGCGUUAAUUGGACGGCAAAUUUCUUCGUCAGUUUUGGCUUUGAACCAAUUGAACAAGCAAUUGGCUCCUAUGUAUUCUAUAUUUUUGCCGUUCUCCAAGGAAUCUUCACAUUCUACAUUUAUAAACAAGUACCAGAGACAAAGAACAAGAGUAUCGAGGAAAUUAGCAGUCUAUUCAGACAAAGAUCAUACCAGUAAGAGACGAUGGGAAAGAAGAAAAAAAAACCGUGAGAAUUGAGACUUUUCAUUUUUCAUUCGUUUUUUUUUUUCUUUGCGCGCAUGUUGUUGGGGAAAAAGAAUACGAAUAGAUCAAAUUUCUCAUUCGCGAUUUCUAUUUACUUGAAUGUUUUUUUGGGGGGCGAAGGAAGAACAUCCCUUCGAGAAAAAAAAGUGAAAUCAAACUUUUUUCUUUAUUCACAAAAAGAAGAAAAAAAAAUGAUCCAAGUAAAGGAUCUUUUUGUAAAAGACGCGACUUGUUGAGAAACAGACUUUCGUUUUUAGUAAAAUUUUUUUUUUUUUUGCUUUUUUUUAUAUAUUUAGUUCCUAUAAAAACGUAUUCCCGACAGUAAUGUAAAAAUUGCUUUUUUUAAAAUGACGAAACAAUUAUAUUGAAAAAGCUCCAAGUUCGGGGUGAAAAUUUUCUGACAAUUUUAAUUUUACAAGAAAGUUAUCUAGUCUUCCUUUAAUGGAUUCAUUUUUAACUGUUUUUUAAUUCAACUAUAUGUCACCCAGUUAUUAUUAUUAUUAUUUUUUUUUUUUGACAUCAAGAUUGAAUUCGAUUACUAUUUUAAUUGACUAUUUUAUCUAUAUUUGUGACUCUUGUGACAAACAGUUUUCGUCAUUUUUAUUUUUUAAAAAAAAACUGCGGAAUACAUUUUAAUAACUACUCUAUUGUCACGAAAGAAAAAUUUACUGGCAUUUUUGUUUAAAACUUUUAUUUUUGGGAAUUUUUCUCUUUUAAUUUUGUCUUGUGAAUUGUAAAUAGUCUCUUUAAACAAGAUCAAAGUUUUUCUUGAAAACAAAUGUUUAUUUA